AUGUUGCCGAGCCAGGCCGGGGCGGCGGCGCUGGGCCGGGGCCCGGGGCUGGCGGCGCGGCCGGGCGGCGUUGGCGGCGGCUCCCGCGGGGCGAACGGCGGCGGCCGCGGCCCCGGGCCCGGGCCGGGUGUGCUGGAGCGCGCCGCGCCGCCCGCCGCCGCCGCCCCGCCGUCCCCCUGCGGCGCCGCGCCGGCCGCGCUGUACAGCGGCAGCUCGGGCGAGUCGGAGUCGGCCGAGGAGGAGGAGCUGGGCGGCGGCGGCGGCGGCGGGCGGCGCGGCGCGGGCCUCAAGCGCAGCCUGAGCGACAUGGAGCUGGGCGUGGGCGUCGUGCUCGGCGGCCCCGAGGCGGCGGCGGCGGGCGCGGGGGGCGCGGGGGGCGCGGGCGGCUUCGGGCCGGGCGGCGGCGCGGCGGCGAGCGGCGCCAAGCCGGGCAAGAAGACCCGCGGGCGCGUCAAGAUCAAGAUGGAGUUCAUCGACAACAAGCUGCGGCGCUACACGACCUUCAGCAAGCGCAAGACGGGCAUCAUGAAGAAGGCCUACGAGCUGUCCACGCUGACGGGCACGCAGGUGCUGCUGCUGGUGGCCAGCGAGACGGGCCACGUGUACACGUUCGCCACGCGCAAGCUGCAGCCCAUGAUCACCAGCGAGACGGGCAAGGCGCUCAUCCAGACCUGCCUCAACUCGCCCGACUCGCCGCCGCGCUCCGACCCCACCUGCGACCAGCGCAUGAGCGCCACCGGCUUCGAGGAGACCGACCUCACCUACCAGGUGUCCGAGUCCGACAGCAGCGGGGAGACCAAGGACACACUGAAGCCGGCAUUCACAGUCACCAACCUGCCAGGCACCACCUCUACCAUCCAAACAGCACCCAGCACCUCCACCACCAUGCAAGUCAGCAGUGGCCCCUCUUUCCCCAUCACCAACUACCUGGCACCAGUGUCUGCUAGUGUCAGCCCCAGUGCUGUUAGCAGUGCCAACGGAACUGUGCUCAAGAGUACAGGCAGUGGCCCUGUCUCCUCUGGGGGCCUCAUGCAACUGCCUACCAGCUUUACCCUUAUGCCUGGUGGGGCAGUGGCCCAGCAGGUCCCAGUGCAGGCCAUUCAGGUGCACCAGGCCUCACAGCAAGCGUCUCCCUCUCGUGACAGCAGCACAGACCUCACACAGACCUCCUCCAGCGGGACAGUGACAUUGCCUGCCACCAUCAUGACAUCAUCUGUACCCACAACUGUGGGUGGCCACAUGAUGUACGCUAGUCCCCACGCAGUGAUGUAUGCUCCCACCUCGGGCCUGGCCGAUGGCAGCCUCACCGUGCUCAAUGCCUUCUCCCAGGCACCGUCUACCAUGCAGGUGUCCCACAGUCAGGUACAGGAGCAAGGUGGUGUCCCCCAGGUGUUCCUGACAGCGCCAUCAGGGACGGUGCAAAUCCCCGUUUCUGCAGUUCAGCUUCACCAGAUGGCGGUGAUAGGGCAGCAGGCCGGGGGCAGCAGCAACCUCACCGAGUUGCAGGUGGUGAACCUGGACGCCGCCCACAGCAUCAAGAGUGACUGAUCUGUUCUGCCACCCUGGACAGAUAGAUGGCCCAAGGGACGGCACCACUUAUUUAUUGUUGCCUUUUCACGUUUUCUUUAUACACAUGUCGACAUGUUGAUGGGCCGUAGGAGAAAGGCGGGGAGGAGGAGUGGGCAGCCGCAGGACUGAGCCC